ACACCCACAACAGAAAGCUUCACAGAAGAAUUCACUCAAGAAUUUAUUGAUGAGUUCUGUGAUGACACUAAAAAUAAUCGUCGAGAUGAGCUCUUUGAUAAAAUAUUUGGGCAGAGCUCAACAUCCACGCCUCGAAGAAGUAUUUACAGAGAUCGUGAAGCAGACCAUCAACGUCUCGUGAAUGAUUAUUUUUCACCGAAUCCAGUAUAUCCAGAAGAAAUAUUUCGACGAAGAUUUCGUAUGGGAAGACAUGUCUUUCUUCGUAUUGUGGAUGCUGUCUCAAAUUUUGAUCCAUACUUUCAACAAAGAUUUGAUGCAGCGGGAAGAAAAGGUUUAUCACCUUUACAAAAGUGUACUGCAGCUAUGCGUAUGUUGGCUUAUGGUAUAUCUGCUGAUGCUGUUGAUGAUUACGUUCGUAUUGGAGAGAGUACUGCAGUUGAAGCCUUGAAAAAAUUCGUCUCUAAUAUAAUUACGUUAUUUGAAGGUGAAUACUUACGAAAACCGAACGAAAAUGACGUGCAACGUCUAUUACAAAUGGGUGAGGCUCGUGGCUUUCCUGGUAUGAUGGGGAGUAUUGAUUGCAUGCACUGGCAAUGGAAAAAUUGUCCAAAAGCAUGGAAGGGAAUGUUCAUGAGUGGUCACAAAGGAGUUGCAACAAUUAUCCUAGAAGCGGUUGCUUCAUCCGAUCUAUGGAUAUGGCACGCAUUUUUUGGAGUUGCUGGAUCAAAUAAUGACAUAAAUGUUUUAGAUCGGUCACCAAUAUUUGACGAAAUGCUGCAAGGUCGUGCUCCAGAGGUAGAUUAUACUAUCAAUGGAAAUAAUUAUAAUGUGGGAUAUUACUUGACAGAUGGAAUAUAUCCUGAAUGGGCAACAUUUGUUAAAACAAUACCACGUCCACAAGGUGAGAAAAGAAAAUUAUUUUCAAAAUUUCAAGAAAGUCAGCGAAAAGACGUUGAGCGGGCAUUUGGUGUGUUACAAUCCCGUUUCGCAAUUGUACGUGGUCCGGCACGCUUUUGGGACAAAGAAGAUCUUGGAAGAAUCAUGAGAGCAUGCAUCAUAAUACAUAAUAUGAUUGUUGAAGACGAGAGAGACACGUACGCCACUCAAUUUGGUCCCCUGCCAACUUACGAUGAUGCAAUAAAUGGUUUAUCACAACCAAACCUAGGCGAAGAACCUUUUAUCGCAUACGAAACGUAUAUUCAAAACACUAUACAGAUGCGUGAUAAACGGGCACAUCGUCAGCUACAAAAUGAUUUGGUUGAGCAUAUUUCCCAGUUCGCUAAUAAUCGUUAAUUUCUAUUUUGUA